ACAAAUUCCAUCCAUCCAUCCAUCCAUCCAUCCACCGCCUACUUCUUCCUCUUCUCCGCCUCUCUUCUUCUCUUUUUUGUUCUCUUCCCUUGAUUCUACCUCAGCGGGGGCUUUGAUCUGGGGCACGAUCACGCUUCUACGGCUUGCUUUGCCUUGCGACACGAUACGCCCAGACUCCAUCACGAUUGAUUGAUUGAUUCACCGUCUCCGAUCCUCUUCGCUUUCCCCUCCUUGAAACUCCGUCAUUGCUCUAGACGCUCCACACUCCUGCGACGACACGCGACAAUUGCUCCCACGAGUCACGACACAGACCGCUCUUCACGAAGCUUAACGACCGUUACGAACAAUACUCUCCUUUGACUUGAACCUCUGACGUCCGUCCCAUCAGGCCAGACGUCUCCUGCCGUUUCACGAUCUCGCCUCGCCUCGCGCCAUCCUUCCAAAAAUCUGCCUAGACCUUCCCUCGGCUUCGGCAAGAAACACAACCGUUGCUCCUCGACAUUCAACUCUGUCGCGAUGGCUUCUGAACCUAGACAAUAUGUUCCUCUGACCUGUCACGGUCACUCCCGACCCGUUCCUCACAUUGCGUUCUCCACCCUGGAAAAGGAUGAUACGUAUUACAUGAUCUCGGCCUGCAAAGAUGGCAAUCCAAUGCUCCGUGAUGGUCUCACUGGCGACUGGAUCGGCACCUUUAUCGGUCACAAGGGUGCUGUUUGGCAAGCCAGACUAAGCCCCAACAACUCGAACGCUGCUACAGCCUCGGCCGACUUUACUGCCAAGAUUUGGGACACUCACACUGGCGAAUUGCUGUACACCCUUCAGCACGACCACAUUGUUCGCGCUGUCGCAUACCCCCCAGACAACUCUGACCUCGUCGCCACGGGUGGCAUGGAAAAGAAGCUUCGUGUCUUUGACCUGACGGAGCUCGCUGCCGCCGGUUCUGGAUCUCCGGCCGUCAUUCCCGCCUCGGCAGGUUUCGAGAUUGGCGAGGGUGUUCACACCGGCUCCAUCAAGUUUAUUUGCUGGACCCAGGACCCCAACAUUGUCGUUACCGCUUCGGACAAGACCAUUCGAUGGCUCGACCUGCCAAGCCGUGCCUGCAUCCGUCAUGAGGUGCUUGAUGGAGACAUCAAGUCCUGUGAGAUGGUCUCGCUGGCACCUGAAUACAGCUCGCCCAACGACAUUGGCGGCGGAAAGCCAGUGCUUGCCGUGUCAGCUGGAAAGACGGUGUACUUUUGGGGCGGUGACCGGGCCAUGGACGAGCUGAAGCGCAUCGUUCUCCCUUACACGAUUGCCAGCGUUUCGCUUGAUGUUAAGGGCCGGAAGCUGGUUGUCGGUGAGGAGCCCGGAACGUGGGCCAAGGUGAUUCGCUACGACGACGAGACGGAAAUUGAUACGCACAAGGGACACCACGGUCCUAUUUGGUCCAUCGCAUUUGCCCCCGACGGCAAGCUGUACGCGACUGGAUCGGAAGACGGAACCAUCAAGCUAUGGAAGAACUGCGAGGGAUUCUACGGCCUCUGGCGCGGAGGGACAGAGCGAAAUGCGGAAUAGAGAGACGCAGAGCGCAGCAUUGUCUCUUCAACGUCGGGCGGUCUGGAAACCGAUGAGCGCGGCUCGGGCACGUUCACGCCCAGCAGCAGCCGCUCUGAUGCCAACUUGGAAAGAGUCCUUAACAAGGGGGCACAUUCGACUGACAGUCCUUCAAUGUGCGGAAGCGAGGGCCACCCCCUGGGCGACUGGGAGAUUGUAAACCCUCAUGUCUGAUGGGGCAAGUCUGAUGGAGCAAGGCGCAGAAAGGAGUCCAGAUCAUGGCGAGGUGUUGAUGAAUGGGCCAUGGUCAUGUUUAGACAUGUUUAUGCAUUUUGGGAGGACCGGAAGGCCUCGAUGGAUGGCAGAUGGUGGCAAGCUACAAAGCUUUACUUCUAAUGAUGCCAGAGUGUAAAACAAUAUCAAUUCGCAUUGAUGGAGGUACAAGUGUUUAAACAAGUCUAUUAUUAGUCUAGUGAUUCUCUAUCUAAGGAAUCUGUCUAUCUAUCUCACUGCCGGGCACUUUUUGCCUCUAGCAGUCUACGGUG